AGAAGAAGAGACCUAAAAGAGGGGAAAAGAGAAGGAAAAUAGAAAUAACAGGAAGUUGAAAAGAAAGGAUCAAGGGAGUAUAAAGAGAAAUGGAAAGGAAACAAUAAAUGGAGAAGAGAAACCAUGGAUUAAGAAGUACUUAUAGACAACAGAAAAGGGAAAAAAAGAAGCAAAAGAAAUAGGAUGGUGGAGAAAAAAGAAGAGAAAAUUAGGAGAAAAAUCCUCCGGAAAUCAUGUGGAAGGGAAAAACAAUAAAUAAGUAAAAAAUGAUAGAAACAAGAUAAGCACUAAUGAAGCCAAUUUAUUAUUCAGAAGUACUGGAGCUUUUGGGGAUUAGAGACACUCAAGCACCUGAGAAAGAAGGAUGUAAUGACACUUUGGUUUCUGCUUUAGAAAAAAUGUCCUGGGAACAGUGCCCUGGACUUAAACCAUAAGGAGUCAUCUUUGGUCACAAGAUGCCAGUGUGCUAUUCUGGCUUUCUGCUGGGUUUAUGUGCGCAAAUACCAGAGUCGUCGAGAAAGUGAAGUAAUUUCUACCAUAACAGCUAUUUUUGCAUUGGCAAUUGCACUUAUCACAUCAGCACUUCUGCCAGUGGACAUUUUUCUGGUUUCAUAUAUGAAAAAUCAAAAUGGCACAUUUAAGGAGUGGGCUGAUGCUAAUGUUACAAGACAAAUUGAGGACACAGUACUAUAUGGAUAUUACACUUUGUAUUCCAUCAUACUGUUCUCUGUGUUUCUGUGGAUCCCUUUUGUUUAUUUCUAUUAUGAGGAGAAGGAUGAGGAUGAUACCAACACAUGCUCACAGGUUCAAACUGCACUCAAGUACACUUUGGGAUUCCUCAUGGUUUGCACAGUUCUUCUUAUAAUUGGUGCCUUUGUUCCAUUGGCGAUUCCUCAGAAGAGAAAUUCCACUGAGUGGGAGAAAGUGAAAUUUCUGUUUGAGGAACUUGGAAGCAGUCAUGGUUUGGCUGCUCUAUCAUUUUCCAUUAGUUCCUUGACCUUGAUUGGAAUGUUGGCAGCUGUCACAUACACAGCUUAUGGUAUGUCUGCUUUGCCUCUAAACUUGAUAAAAGGAACUCGAAGUCCUGUUUAUGAACGUUUGGAGAACACUGAAGAUAUUGAAGAAGUAGAACAACAUAUACUAAGGAUUAAAUCAAAGUGUAAAGAUGGUCGGCCUUUACCAACAAAGGACAGACGGACCUUACAUCAACUUGAAGAGAGGUUAAGGACACUUCGAAGGAGAGAGAGACAUCUAGAAUUUAUUGAGAAAAGCUGCUGGACAAAGUUCUGCGGAGCCAUGCGCCCUCUAAAAAUCAUCUGGGGAGUGUUUUUCAUCCUUGUGGCACUGUUGUUCACCAUUUCUCUCUUCCUGUCAAACUUGGAUAAAGCUCUACAUUCUGCUGGCAUCAACUCUGGAUUUAUAAUUUUAGGAACUAACCUAACUAAUCCAUUGAAUAUGCUUUUACCUGUUCUACAAACUGUUUUCCCACUUGAUUAUAUCCUCAUUACAACAAUUAUUUUGUAUUUUAUCUUCACUUCGAUGGCAGGGAUUCGAAACAUGGGUAUAUGGUUCUUUUGGAUAAGGUUGUAUAAGAUUAGAAGAGGUAAAACUCGGCCCCAAGCACUCUUAUUUCUCUGUAUGAUCCUUCUGUUGAUUGUUCUUCACACAAGCUACAUGAUCUACAGUCUUGCACCUCAGUAUGUCAUGUAUGGAAGCCAAAAAUACGUCAUACAGCAUAAUAGAACACUUGUUGAUGGCCAGCCGGGGAAUGUUACAACAUAUGUGCCUAAAGACUGUGAUGCAGACGCCCCAGAAGAUCAGUGCACCAUUACAAGGACGUAUCUUUUCCUUCAUAAGUUUUGGUUCUUUAGUGCUGCCUAUUACUUUGGGAAUUGGGCAUUCAUUGCAGUCUUCUUAAUCGGACUAAUUGUGUCAUGUUGCAAAGGGAAGAAAUCAGUCAUUGAAGGAGAAGUGGAUGAAGAUGAUUCAGACAUAAGUGAUGAUGAACCACAUGUCUAUUAUGGUUGACAGGCUUUUGUCCUGAAGGGUAAAAAAAGUAAUCUAAAAUUGUCUGAACUUUAUGCUUGUGUGGAAUUUUAAUCCAAAUGCUAAGCAAAUUCUCUGUGUAAAAAUAAAUUGAGAAAGUGUGAAUAAUUUAAAAGAGGUGGGAAAUUGAAUAUUUUUUGUUUUCUGAAGAAUACAUCACUGUAUUAUAGCAGAGCUAUGGAAAAUUGUUUGGAAUAUAUUUAAAAUAUACUGGUUUUAUGAUGGACUGCUUAUGUAAUACAAUUUGAUAUUGUGAUUGUAGUUGAUAAUUUGAGUUAUUUUUGCCCCUGCCUUGACUAGUUUUUGGUUUCUUAUACAAGUCAGACAUGAAAGAAAUUUUACUUUUGUAUAGCAAGAUUGAGUUUACAGGGAAUUGCAUUUAAAAGUCAUAUUGAAACAGUUGAACCAUUAUUGCUUGAAAGACUCAGCUAAAGUUGCUUCACUUUCAAGAAGUGUGGCAAUUAAUGUAUAAUUCUGCAAUAAUAAUUUCACUGCCAUUAUUAUAUGUAUAUAAAGGAAUAGUCCAUGAGAGAGUUCCUAAAGACAUUCCUGAAAGUCUAACAACUCAGAGUUAAUUCCCAGUAUGCCAGGAAUAAAUAAGUUGUGUAAAGUUGUGUUUCUGAAGUUCAGCCUGUACUAUACUUCUAUUUAAUAGACCACUGGAUUUUGGUGGCAACCGGGGCAUAGCCUUUGCUCUGUUUUUUUACUCUGUGAGAAGCUAAAAAUAUUAUUCUGUAUUAACCAUACUCUACAUAUCUUGGCAGUGUUGUUUUUUUUAAAUGGUAUAUCUAAAACUGUUUGAUAAACUUCUUCAUUGAGUAGUAUUAACCACAUGGAUUAAUUAAAACAUGAGAUUAAUUAUGGUAAUUGUAUUAUUUGCUCACAAUAUAUUAAUAAAAAUUUUUCUGGAUUAAGGCUAUUUUUCCCUAUUUGAAAUGUAGUCAUUAUAAACAUUCAGUUUAGCAAGUCAUUAAAAAUGAAAGGCUUAUAUAAUUGUAACAGUGUAAAUGUUUAAAAGCUUAAUUCUACAAAAUCAGAUGUUUUUUCUCUCUACUU